GGAGGGAGGAGAGGUAGUCGCGUGUAGGGAGUAAUGCGGUGGGAGCGCCUCUCGCGGUAAACCGGCGAAACUAUACUCGCGGAAAUAAUUAUCGCGAUUUAUGUUAUUUGCAAAUACGAACGGGGAUUAAUUAAUCGCGGUAACAUGUCGAAUAGAAACGAUUAGGGAGCGAACGGGUGUCGUCGCCGUUGCCAGCUUCCUGUCGAUAGUGCGAGUGAAAGGAGUUGGCUGCCCGGUGCGGGAAUGGACUUGGCAGAAACUAUGAAAAAUAUUGUCGCCAAAGGUAUGCAAACAGAGAUGGGUCCACCCGGUGGAGGUUCUGGAUACCCUGGUAACCCGAGCAGUGCGGGAUAUGUAACAGAGAAAACGUAUAUGUUAAUUCAAGCAUAUUUGCAAACUAAAAGUUGGAAUCCUAGCAUUGAAUUGUUACAAUGCAUAGCCGAAUACAAGGAUGGAUCUAUAAUACCAAGUGCUGCGUACUUACAAAUGAUGGCAUCUAGAAUGGCGGUAGAUUCACAAGGAAGAUUAGUUUUGAGAGAAAAUGGGAAAAUAAUAUUACCUUAUGAACAUUUUGCCAAUGCUGUAAUGAUGAAGCACAUAACUGGGCCACAGGGUAUACAUUUGGGACUCGAGGGAACAGUUAGGGCCGUUAUGGAAUCUUAUACAAUCGGACGAGAAUAUUUUGGAAUGGAGAAGGAAUUUAUCAUCGAGGUUGUACAGAAUUGUCCAAAUCCAGCUUGUCGGUAUAAGAAUCAGUUCGAGAUGCAAAAGAUGGGCCACAUGGCACCUACGUAUAUUCAAGAGAACGAAGCUACCACAUCCCUCUUACGUACAGGUUUUCCGCAUAAUACAGAUUUUCAACCGGCUUUAAGCGGUGCUAAUCCUAAUACGCACUUACCCAUCGGAACUGGUGCAGACAUGUCAGAAAUGAGAGGUGGUGGAAACCAAAUGAAUAUACAACGUCCACCGAGCCGUCCAUCUUUAAAUAUUCCACAUCGGCCUGUGUCUCAAGAAAAAAAAGUAUCAACCAAUAAACAGCAUUAUGAAUCACUAAUAUCUAAUAUUCCUAUAUCUGAUCACAAAUUAACAGAAUUUUUACGAACAAAUCUGGAUAAUUUGGACAGUCUUAGUGGACUUGGGCUAGGUAAUCUUCAAAGUUUAAGCAAUGCAAAUAAAGAUCUGUUAGCUUUACAUAAUGGUGCUUGGUCGUUAGAAAAUGAAAAGGGUUCACGUUCGAGUUCUUCUAACUUGGAAGUUGGACAAGAAAAGAUAAUUAGAGCUUAUACAGAAGUUAUAAAAAACACGGCCAGGAUGAAGGCUUGUAUACGUCCUGCAAUGUGCAAACCAUAUGGAAAACAAUCUGAAGCAUUACAAAAAACUUUGGUCGAUACGAUACAGCUUGUACAAUCUCUGAGAAGUAUUAUACCACCACCUAUUAUACCAAUCGUGAGCUGGAAAAAUGAAGAUAAACAUCGGUUAGAUCAUACCGGUACUCCUUAUCUUCCGGCAUUAAAAGCUGGUGGAUUAGAAGAAUUAUGCGAACAGCGCAAGCUAGACUAGAUAAUAGUCCUAGCUUAAAUAGUAUAAGACCAAUGUUUCGUCUUUGCGCUCUAUGGUGUUCUAGUCAGAAAGUGUAUAUGAGAGGGUUGUUUAAUUUAUUAUAAACAACCCAAAAGGAUUGCUCAAAGUUGUUGGCAUUUAGGACUUCAAAUACUAAGAGACAAAACGAGUCAUGCGUGGACUGUGAUAAACGUGGGUAGCAAAGAAAUUUAUAUGUAGAAAUGAGAAUAACUCACGGCGUUAAAUUAGAAAUUCAGGUUUAGCAUUACCUUGUUAUUAUCAUUUGAUUUUACGUUAGAAAUUUACCUAUGGAGCUUAUAUAAAUCGAAUCGGUUAUGUUCUCGUCUAUUUAUAGUUGAUAUUGUAGAUUAUUUUAAUAACUCGCCACUUGUGUUCCAAUGAUUACCUGAUUAAAAAUAUAUUACAGUUUUCUAAAAAUGAUCUAUAUGUAUACAUUUACGGAUUUAUAAUUAUCAUCGGUGCAAAGAAUAGACAUUAAUCUGUGGUAAAUUUAAGAUUUUAUAAUUCGUACGAUCGGACAAAUAUUACACACGACGAUGCAUUGGAAGCUUUAAAGCACAAAGAAGGAAUUGUGAUUCCAUAAAUACUCAUUGUAUUAUUUAGAUUUUGUACGUUUGUUAAACUUAGUAAGAGAGAGAGAGAGAGAAUGAGAGAGAAAGAGAGGGAGAAAGAGAGAGAGAGAGAGAGAAAGAGAGAGAGAGAGAGAGAGAGAGAGAAAGAAAAGAAUUUAUUAUUUAUGUUAUAUAAAAAUGAAAAAGAGAGAUCUGAUCGAGAGUUCAACGUUUAUGAUUAUUACUAAAUACGCAUCUUUGCAUUCUCUCGAAAGGUGCAUUUGUUUUAAUAUUUAUUUGUAGAGUUAUAAAGAAAAACAUAUAUAUUGUUGUUAUUUCUAGUUUUAUUAAUUAUAAAUGUCUACAAUCUAUGUAUAAGAGGAGGUAUAGGUAAUAACAAGAUAUAUAAGCUCCAUAGGUAACGUGUGACACGUGGUUUGCACAUUAGACUUGAUUGAAAAAAGAAAAAAAAAAAAAAGAAAAGCCGAUAGAUAUUUGUUGAAUGAUAAAUUAUUUCGUUAUUAUACGAUAACAUCGAAAGAAAAUAAAUUCUAGUUGUGUCUUUAAAAUUGUGGUUGGCGUCGACGUUAAAUCAUUUUUUUAUCGUCUAUCGAAUAUUGAUUAGAAACUUUUUUACCUCUGUCGAUCGAUACCACAACGUAAUUUAUAAAAAUUAAGUCCUUUUAAAUAAUAUUUUUCAUUAGAUUUCGUUGUUGAUAAAAAAAGAGAGAGAGAAAGAUUGUGAAAGAGCGAGAGAGAGAGAGAGAGCGAGAGAGAGAGAGUGAGAGAGAGAGAGAGAGAGAGAGAGAGAGAGAGAGAGAGAAAGUAAUAGUUUGAAAUUUCAUCGUUAUAAACGCAUUUCUACGAUGGUGAAAUGUUUCCUUCUCUUUCUUAUUAAUAUUUAAUAUUAAAUAUACAUGUGUAUACACACGAUUAUAUGAAUGUGACGACAUUGGAGUGCGUGUGAAAAAAAUCUUGUUUAAGUGUGCGUGGUCGAUGAGCGUUAAUAACUUUGGCUAUAAAAUAGCAAAAUUUUAUAUGGACGCGUCUCUAUAUUAUAACUAUCGAAAUACUAACGUUUUUUCUAAUUACGUUUAUACGAAUGUGUCUUCUGCAUUUGCAGCUACUAAUAUCGUGCCGAUCACGUUUGCGUUGAUUAUAUAUACUUUCAAUAUGAAGCUGCUAGUUUAAAAUACGAAACGCUGAUCAAACAACAACGACGAAUUGCGUACGUCGAUUCACUUACCGUGUAUUUCUGAAUUAAAUAGAUGGACUCAUUUCUCUCGUAGUAGUUAUUAUAAAAGAAAAAUGAUGAAAAAUAAAAAGUAAAAAAAAAAAAAAAUA